AUGGCUGGUGUGCAGAGCUCCGCUGGAUACCCUUCAAAGGAAGCCUCGUUGGCUCCCGAUCAAACAGAGAAGUUUGGGUGUCGAGAUUCCACCUCAGGCCUUGCUGCAGUGUGCUUUGCUUUGCCAGAUGUUGCAGAUGCUAUGGGAGCAGCUUGUUGCAACCCAGCCCUUCUGGCCCGGCUUGGAAUUGCCGAUCUCAACCUACGACAGCUGAUCUUCUCUCGCAGAUUUGCGGAACGCCGAGCUCAAGAUUUCUGUGAUCAUGGAAUACCAUGGGCCAAAGGAUGUGUCAAUUUGGAGCAGCUUGCGGUUGGAUUGAAGGUGAUGGACGUGUGUGCGUCAGACAGCAGCAACCACUUGUACUUCGAAUAUGGUGGUGGAUUGAGUCUGCUUGAGGAGACCAAAAAGCUGAUCCAUGCAGCUGCACUUUUUGCACAGCAACAUCCAAGACUUAAAUUCCAUGUGGAUGCGCAUGCCGGUGCCGGUGCACCACGUGGAAUUGCUACAAGCACUGCAAGGCGGAGAGCACUAUCCGUGGUUGACGAAUUGGUUGGGCUGGGUGUGGCCAGAGAGCACGUUUCCACGACAGCUUGGGGACGUUGA